AUGGAGAGAGCCAGCGCCGGCCAGCUCCCCCGGCUGCCCCGUGCCCAGGCCGCCGCCGCCGGCUCCCCGAGCCCCGCUCCCGGGCGGACCUCCUCGGGCACGGCGCCCCCCUGCGCGGCCGCCCCAGGUCCCCGACCCGCUCCGCGCCCCGGGCGGCGGGCCAGCGGGGCCAGGGGGCGCUCGGCACCUGGGCGCUCCGAGCGAUGCGCAGCGGGGCAGCGGCGGCCCCGCCGAUGGAGCUGCCGCCGCCUUCCCUCUCGCCCGGCGCGCCCCGCUCCUCCCGCGCCCCGUGCGCCUGAGCGCCCAGCUCGCUCCUCCUCCGCGCCAACUCCGCCGCCCGCUCCCCGUGCGCCCCCGCGCCUCCCGGGGCUCCACGCAUCUGGCCCCGCGGAGGCAGCUUCCUCCUCCGGGCGCGGGCCCCUGCGCACCAUGGCCCCCGGGCGGACAGGGGCCGGCGCCGCCGUGCGCGCCCGCCUGGCGCUGGCCUUGGCGCUGGCGAGUGUCCUGAGCGGGGGCCCCGCGGCCGCCUGCCCCACCAAGUGUACCUGCUCCGCCGCCAGCGUGGACUGCCACGGGCUGGGCCUCCGGGCGGUGCCUCGCGGCAUCCCCCGCAACGCCGAGCGCCUUGACCUGGACAGAAAUAAUAUCACUAGGAUCACCAAGAUGGACUUUGCUGGACUCAAGAACCUUCGAGUCUUGCAUCUGGAAGACAACCAGGUCAGCAUCAUCGAGAGAGGCGCCUUCCAGGAUCUGAAGCAGCUGGAGCGAUUGCGUCUGAACAAGAAUAAGCUCCAGGUCCUUCCAGAACUGCUUUUCCAGAGCACUCCGAAGCUCACCAGACUAGAUCUGAGCGAGAACCAGAUCCUGGGCAUCCCGAGGAAGGCGUUCCGAGGCAUCGCCGACGUGAAGAACCUGCAACUGGACAACAACCACAUCAGCUGCAUUGAAGAUGGAGCCUUCCGAGCGCUGCGCGAUCUGGAGAUCCUCACCCUCAACAACAACAACAUUAGCCGCAUCCUGGUCACCAGCUUCAACCACAUGCCGAAGAUCCGAACCCUGCGCCUCCACUCCAACCACUUGCACUGCGACUGCCACCUGGCCUGGCUCUCGGAUUGGCUGCGACAGCGGCGGACGGUCGGCCAGUUCACACUCUGCAUGGCGCCCGUGCACCUGAGGGGCUUCAACGUGGCAGACGUGCAGAAGAAGGAGUACGCGUGCCCAGGUCCCCACUCGGAGCCGCCAUCCUGCAAUGCCAACUCCAUCUCCUGCCCUUCGGCCUGCACCUGCAGCAAUAACAUUGUGGACUGCCGGGGGAAGGGCUUGACGGAGAUCCCCGCCAACCUGCCAGAGGGCAUCGUCGAAAUACGCCUGGAGCAGAACUCCAUCAAGUCCAUCCCCGCCGGAGCCUUCACCCCGUACAAGAAGCUGAAGCGAAUAGACAUCAGCAAGAACCAGAUAUCAGACAUCGCGCCCGAUGCCUUCCAGGGCCUGAAGUCGCUCACGUCGCUGGUGCUCUACGGGAACAAGAUCACCGAGAUUGCCAAGGGCCUGUUUGACGGGCUGGUGUCCCUGCAGCUGCUCCUCCUCAAUGCCAACAAGAUCAACUGCCUGCGGGUGAACACGUUCCAGGACCUGCAGAACCUCAACCUGCUCUCCCUCUAUGACAACAAGCUGCAGACCAUCAGCAAGGGACUCUUCGCCCCUCUGCAGGCCAUCCAGACGCUCCACUUAGCCCAAAACCCGUUCGUGUGCGACUGCCACCUGAAGUGGCUGGCGGACUACCUGCAGGACAACCCCAUCGAGACCAGCGGGGCGCGCUGCAGCAGCCCCCGGCGGCUGGCCAACAAGCGCAUCAGCCAGGUCAAGAGCAAGAAGUUCCGCUGCUCAGGCUCAGAGGAUUACCGCAGCCGGUUCAGCAGCGAGUGCUUCAUGGAUCUCGUGUGUCCCGAGAAGUGUCGCUGCGAGGGCACCGUCGUGGACUGCUCCAACCAGAAGCUGGCCCGCAUCCCCAGCCACCUCCCUGAGUACACCACCGAUCUGCGACUGAACGACAACGAGAUCUCUGUCCUGGAGGCCACCGGCAUCUUCAAGAAGUUGCCCAACCUGCGGAAGAUAAACCUGAGCAACAACAAGAUCAAGGAGGUGCGAGAGGGCGCCUUUGACGGAGCAGCAGGCGUGCAGGAGCUGAUGCUGACAGGGAACCAGCUGGAGAUGGUGCACGGGCGCAUGUUCCGUGGCCUCAGUGGCCUCAAGACCUUGAUGCUGAGGAGCAACCUCAUCAGCUGUGUGAGCAAUGACACCUUCACUGGCCUGAGCUCAGUGCGACUGCUGUCCCUCUAUGACAACCGCAUCAGCACCAUCACCCCCGGAGCCUUCACCACGUUGGUCUCCCUGUCCACCAUAAACCUCCUGUCCAACCCCUUCAACUGCAACUGCCACCUGGCCUGGCUCGGCAAAUGGCUGAGGAAGCGGCGGGUCGUCAGUGGGAACCCCCGGUGCCAGAAGCCAUUCUUCCUCAAGGAGAUUCCCAUCCAGGACGUGGCCAUCCAGGACUUCACCUGCGAAGGCAACGACGAGAGCAGCUGCCAUCUGGGCCCGCGCUGCCCCGAGCAGUGCACCUGCGUGGACACGGUGGUGCGGUGCAGCAACAGGGGGCUCCGCGCCCUCCCCAAAGGCAUCCCCAAGGAUGUGACUGAGCUGUACCUGGAAGGAAACCACCUCACGGCCGUGCCCAGGGAGCUGUCCGCCCUCCGACACCUGACACUUAUUGACCUGAGCAACAACAGCAUUGGCGUGCUGACCAACUACACCUUCAGUAACAUGUCGCACCUCUCCACCCUGAUCCUGAGCUACAACCGGCUGCGCUGCAUCCCCAUCCACGCCUUCCACGGGCUGCGGUCCCUGCGAGUGCUAACCCUGCACGGCAACGACAUCUCCAGCGUCCCCGAAGGCUCCUUCAACGACCUGCCGUCCCUGUCCCACCUGGCACUGGGCACCAACCCGCUGCACUGUGACUGCAGCCUGCGCUGGCUGUCGGAGUGGGUGAAGGCGGGGUACAAGGAGCCCGGCAUCGCCCGCUGCAGUAGCCCCGAGGCCAUGGCCGACAGACUGCUGCUCACCACCCCCACCCACCGAUUCCAGUGCAAAGGACCAGUGGACAUCAACCUUGUGGCCAAGUGCAACGCCUGCCUCUCCAGCCCGUGCAGGAACAACGGGACGUGCAGCCAGGACCCCGUGGAGCUGUACCGCUGCGCCUGCCCCUACGGCUACAAGGGCAAAGACUGUGCCACACCCAUCAACACCUGCGUCCAGAACCCCUGUCAGCAUGGAGGCACCUGCCACCUGAGCGAGAGCCACAAGGAUGGCUUCAGUUGCUCCUGCCCUCUGGGCUUUGAAGGACAGCGAUGUGAGAUCAACCCGGACGAUUGUGAGGACAAUGACUGUGAGAACAACGCCACCUGUGUGGACGGGAUCAACAACUAUGUGUGUGUGUGCCCGCCUAACUACACAGGUGAGCUGUGCGAUGAGGUGAUCGACCACUGCGUGCCGGGGCUGAACCUCUGCCAGAACGAGGCCAAGUGCAUCUCGCUGGACAAAGGAUUCAGGUGCGAGUGCCUCCCCGGCUACAGCGGGAAGCUCUGCGAGGUGGACGACGAUGACUGCGCGGCCCACAGGUGCCGCCACGGGGCCCAGUGCGUGGACGCGGUCAAUGGCUACACGUGCCUCUGCCCCCAGGGCUUCAGCGGGCUCCUAUGUGAGCACCCCCCGCCCAUGGUCCUGCUGCAGACCAGCCCCUGCGACCAGUAUGAGUGCCAGAACGGGGCGCAGUGCAUCGUGGUGCAGCAGGAGCCCACCUGCCGCUGCCCCCCGGGCUUCGCCGGCCCGCGCUGCGAGAAGCUCAUCACCGUCAACUUCGUGGGCAAGGACUCCUACGUGGAACUGGCCUCCGCCAAGGUCCGGCCCCAGGCCAACAUCUCCCUGCAGGUGGCCACGGACAAGGAUAAUGGCAUCCUCCUCUACAAGGGAGACAACGACCCGCUGGCGCUGGAGCUGUACCAGGGCCACGUGCGGCUGGUCUACGACAGCCUGAGCUCCCCGCCCACCACGGUGUACAGCGUGGAGACGGUGAACGACGGGCAGUUCCACAGCGUGGAGCUGGUGAUGCUGAACCAGACCCUGAACCUGGUGGUGGACAAAGGAGCUCCCAAGAGCCUGGGGAAGCUCCAGAAGCAGCCGGCAGUGGGCACCAACAGCCCCCUCUACCUUGGAGGCAUCCCGACCUCCACGGGCCUCUCGGCGCUGCGCCAGGGGGCGGACCGGCCGCUGGGCGGCUUCCACGGCUGCAUCCACGAGGUGCGCAUCAACAACGAGCUGCAGGACUUCAAGGCGCUGCCGCCGCAGUCCCUGGGCGUGUCGCCCGGCUGCAAGUCCUGCACGGUGUGCCGGCACGGCCUGUGCCGCGCGGUGGAGAAGGACAGCGUGGUCUGCGAGUGCCACCCCGGCUGGACCGGCCCGCUGUGCGACCAGGAGGCCCCAGACCCCUGCCUGGGCCACAGCUGCGACCACGGGAAAUGUGUGAGGACCGGGCCCUCCUAUGUGUGCAAGUGUGCCGAGGGCUACGGAGGGGCCUUGUGUGACCACAAAAACGACUCUGCCAGCGCCUGCUCAGCCUUCAAAUGCCACCACGGGCAGUGCCACGUCUCAGACCGAGGGGAGCCCUACUGCCUGUGCCAGCCUGGCUUCGGAGGGGAGCACUGCGAACAAGAGAACCCGUGCCUGGGGGAGGUCGUCCGAGAGGUGAUCCGCCGCCAGAAGGGCUACGCGUCCUGUGCCACGGCCUCCAAGGUGCCCGUGGUGGCGUGCCGCGGCGGCUGCGGGCCCCAGUGCUGCCUGCCCACCCGCAGCCGGCGGCGGAAGUACGUCUUCCAGUGCACGGACGGCUCCUCCUUCGUGGAGGAGGUGGAGAGACACUUGGAGUGCGGCUGCCGGCCCUGCGCCUAG